UGUCAAGAAGCCGAGGAAUAUAAUAAAACUUUACCAGAUAAAAUCAAAUAUCCUACUUACCAAUCCCCAGAAACUUGGCAUAGUAAACUAAUAAAUACUAAGGAAAUCACUCAAUUAUUACAACAAAAAACUGAGGAGUGUCAUGCUGGGACUACCGAAGAAUUAACUCUGGAUAAUCUUAAUAUUCAGGAAGAACCAGAACAAACAGCCCAAAUCCAAGGGAGUUUAGAAAAGUUAACUGACAUAAGCGAAAAAGAAUUUUCAGGAAAUGAAAGAGAGGAAAUUCAGAAAGUUACUCGUAAGAAUUUCGAAAAAAUUUUUCCUAAACACUAUAUUCUAAUAACCAAAAACUCUGAAUACACUACCAGAAAAGGUACAAGAAUAGAUGACGUAGUUUUUGACGAAAAAAACAAAACCUUUCUCGUUUUUGAAUACAAGUCUAAAAAAGAUAAAGGACAUUUUGAACAAGCCAAAGGUUACUCGGCAACUCUGAGUGAAGGCAUAGAACAAGAACGUUUGCUUCGAGAAGUUGAGCGAGUAACCGGCAAAAGGCUUGAAUCAAGAAACAUUAAAUGA